GUGGGAGGGUGUCACCCGACCCGACCCGACCAGCAGACUGCAGUGAAAGCGUGACCAGACCAGGAAAAAUAAAGAAUAUCGACUAAAAGAAAGAUAGAAACUAACUGUAAUCAACUGCAAAUGAGAUAAGUUUGUGAUAUCUGAAAACCAUCUUGGAUAAACGCAACAUUUGUUCUGACACAAACGUUUAUGACAAGACGCGCCUCUCAAUGCAUUGGGUUCGGUGACAGCUUUGGACAGGAAUAGAGACAGUGACGGGAGAGCAAUGGUAAGUUUAGAUAUUUUUAUUUUCAGCAAAUGAAAUAAUAAAAAAUAGUAUAUUUAUAUGUUUACGUUUUCAUAAUUUAGUUUCUGCACCUCUAUUGCACAUACACAGGGUGGAAAAAGUACCAAAUGAUCAUACUUGAGUAAAAGUAAAGAUACUUUAAUAGAAAAUGGCUCAAGUAAAAGUGAAAGUCACCCAGGAAAAUACUACUUGAGUAAAAGUCUAAAAGUAUUUGGUUUUAAAUAUACUUAAGUAUCAAAAGUAAAUGUAAUUGCUAAAAUAUACUUAAGUAUCAAAAGUAAAAGUAUAACUAAUUUCACAAACCAGACAGCACGGUUUUCUUGUUUUAACAUUUACGGAUAACCAGGGGUACACUCCAACAUCAUUUACAAACAAAGCAUUUGUGUUUAGUGAGUCUGCCAGAUCAGAGGCAGUAGGGAUGACAAGUGCGUGAAUUGGACCAUUUUCCUGUCCUGCUAAUUGACAUUUUAGUCAUUUAGCAGAUGCUCUUAUAAUUAGUGAGUGCAUACAUUUCUCAUACUGGCCCGCCGUGGGAAACGAACCCACAACCCUUGCGUUGCAAGCCCCAUGUUCUACCAACUGAGCUACAGGAGAAUUGCUAAGCAUUCGAAAUGUAACAAGUACUUUUGGGUACUUAAAGUAUGUUUACUUAAGUACUUUACACCACUGCACAUACAGUACCUGUAGGCUAAGAAGCAUUUUUUUUUGUUACUGUCACUACAUUAGGCUACAGCUGGCAUUGAAUUACAUUAGACCGUUUUCCCACAUUGAACUUGACUGAUUUUAUGUAACCUACACCUUAUUUAAAGACCAUGUGCUACAGUUAAUUUGACUUUUAAAUAAUCAUGUUUCUUUUAGUUUUGGAUUUGAUUUAUGCGAGAUCAUACACAAUAAACAAAUUCAUGCAAAUAGAUUAUUUUAUACAGACCACGUGAGUAUUUAUGAAAAUGGUUUGUGAGUGUCAUUAGAGGGUCAGGUUAAUAAGUUAGAGUAGCACUCAAUCAACCAAACUGAAAUGGUUAGAUGUGUUUUAUUAUGCUAGUUGAUGAAAUUACUAUGUGUAUUCUGUGGAUAACAGUUAUAGACCCAAGUCUGUUAGUCUAUCCUAUAAAUAUCUGUAAAGUGGAAGAGCAGACUAUCCCUGUCCGCUUGAUUGGACUAGACAUGUAAAAAUACAUAUUGUUGAUUUGUGAGAGGGGGUUUCCUAGCUAAAUGCCAGGUACUCUCAUUGAGGCUGGAGUGAGUGAGGAAGGGAGUGAAGGGAGGAAGGAAGCAAGGAGGAGAAAUGGAAAAGGCAGCAGUUCCUGUGUUAAGAUUUUGUCGCCGGUUGAUUUUUAAACACAGACUAUUGCUCAGCUAUGAAAACUUAAUUGGUGGGGUGAACUAAAACAGUGAAAUGCAUAUCCUCAAAGUUUAUGUUUAAAUCCAAUAGCCUAUUCACCAUAUUACAUUUUAGCAGACACUCUUAUCCAGAGCGACUUACAGGAGCAAUUAAUUAAGUGCCUUGCUCAAGGGCACAUCGGCAGAUUUUUCACCUAGUUGGCUCAGGGAUUAGAAUCAGCGACCUUUCGGUUACUGGCACUACGCUCUUAACCACUAAGCUAACUGCCGCCCAUAUUUACAUUUACAUUACAUUUACGUCAUUUAGCAGACGCUCUUAUCCAGAGCGACUUACAAAUAGGUGCAUUCACCCUAUAGCCAGUGGGAUAACCACUUUACAAUAUCUAUAUAUAUAUAUUUUUUUAUUUUUUUUAGGGGGGGGGGGGGGGGGGGGGGGGGGUAGAAGGAUUACUUUAUCCUAUCCCAGGUAUUACUUAAAGAGUUGGGGUUUCAAAUGUCUCCGGAAGGUGGUGAGUGACUCCGCUGUCCUGGCGUCGUGAGGGAGCUUGUUCCACCAUUGGGGUGCCAGAGCAGCGAACAGUUUUGACUGGGCUGAGCGGGAACUAUGCUUCCGCAGAGGAAGGGGAGCCAGCAGGCCAGAGGUGGAUGAACGCAAUGCCCUCGUUUGGAUGUAGGGACUGAUCAGAGCCUGAAGGUACAGAGGUGCCGAUCCCCUCACAGCUCCAUAGGCAAGCACCAUGGUCUUGUAACAGAUGCGAGCUUCAACUGGAAGCCAGUGGAGUGUGCGGAGGAGCGGGGUGACGUGAGAGAACUUGGGAAGGUUGAACACCAGACGGGCUGCGGCAUUCUGGAUGAGUUGUAGGGGUUUAAUGGCACAGGCAGGGAGCCCAGCCAACAUAUGACAGCUGUAAUAGUAAAUACAAAUGGGAAAGUAAUCGUCCUUUCAUUAAAGCUUGUAUAACUCAUGAUGUAUAACUGCUAGUCCUAACUUAUCAUUACGAGGGCACUGAACUAGUGUUCUAACCUCGCCAUAUCUCAUUCCGGUUGUGUGAGUCUGAAUGGAUGUGUCGAAGAAUUAAUGACAGUGAAAUAUGAAAUCACCAGACUCACUGAGAUUGUACUUGUUUUGUUCGCUCUCUUUGUUUCCUGUAAGUGUCAGCACAGUCAGCAUCCUUGACUACUGAAGCACUCACUUCCCAAUCCGGCACAGAGGGAAAAAGGUCAGGGACAGUUCCGUCAGGAUAUAAAUGAUGUUAUGUUCAGCCUAUUAUUAUACUGCCUAAAUAUCCUGUUUUUAGUAGGCCUUCUUAUUCACCUACAGUACAUGUAGGCCUGAAUCCUAUCUUGAGAUUUGUGAGUUUCCACUCAAGCCUUCCAUUGAUAUCAAUACAUUACUUACUUGAAAAUUAAUUGAAGCGCACACAUCUCACAGUUAGGAUGUGGCCGCUAUAGUGGAUUUUGGUGGCAUGCAAGAGUGUCAUUGUCACAGUGGUUUGCUCAACCUUUGUUGCCCCAGGCUAAACUGGUUAUAUGUUUGGAGAGCUGUAGCGUGCCGCCAUGUUCCUCCAGACUUUCAGAGCUUACAGUUAACAGAACCCUCCAAGUCAGAACCCCCCCCACGGGGGGCCAGUAUGAAAUAUGUAUGCACUCACUAAAUGUAAGUCGCUCUGGAUAAGAGCGUCUGCUAAAUGACUAAAAUGUCAAUUGGAUCACUAAAAAAAGAAAUGUCAUCCAGAUGUCCAGGCUCACCUGCCCCAGUUCAGUUGUUGGCCGUCAUCUUCCUGUACUGUCUUGUUUUCCCUAUGGAAGCUUAAUCUCUCAGCCAUAAUGACUAAUUAUUAAUGUUACUGCAAACAAUGCACUGUUGUUAACCACUGCAUAGGUUACACAAACAUAAAACAUAUAACAUAUAACCUGUAACAUGGUGACACAAAGAUAGGGACAGAUGUUGAAAAUGUUUUGUGUGAGCUACACACACUAUGGUGUUUACGAUGAUUGCUUAUUCAUUGUGUCAAUCAAUGUGUUCCUACCUGCCCCUAUUCAAAUAAACCAUACAUCAAAUUAACACAAAAUCAGAAGUGGUUCCAACUAAGUCCUGUGGCCUUACCAUGAUUUAUCUUCCAUUAACCCCAACUUGUUUGUUGUGUGUUCAGGAGAAUGGGAAGAACCGCCUGCAGCAGGCCCAGGAUGAGGUGGAGGAGGUGAAGGUGAUCAUGCUAGAUAACCUCAACAAUGCUGCCGAGAGGUCAGGCAAGCUGAGAGAUCUUGAUAACAGGGCAGACGAACUUCUGGAGAAGGUAAUUGUUGUACUUUAUGGGUGCGCCCCAAAUGGCUCCUUAUUCCUUGAUAGUCUAUUACCUUUGACUAGGGCCUAUAGGGCUCUGGUCAAAAGUAGUGCACUAUAUCGGGAAUAAGGUGCCAUUUGAGACGUACACUAUAUUAAGAGGCGUAAUAAGAGACGUCUUAAUGGAAUCAAAUCAUGACUUAAUACAAAACACAUACAUAAUUUGAAGAUACAGACUUUGAAGGCCAUACUUUGAUGAUUGCAAUGCUAUAAUACUGGUAAAACCUUAGGUGCAUUUCAGAGAGACACAAUAAGCACAAAAGGGUUCUCCUUUGGAAUUCUCCUUUGGUGUGCCUCAUGGUAAUUUUCGAAUGUUACAUGGUUCCAUACAAGUCCAGGGAAUAGCCAGGAAAUGUCAUAUUGCUGUCUAUAAUACACGUUAGGUGGAGUUGGAGGGGUUAAAUAAUGUACAAUUUACAUCCUGAUUGUGGUUUACGGUGAUCUUUUUAGAAAGGUAUUUCCUAUUGUUGUAAGAUUAAUGAAACCCACUGGUCUCCCUCGGUAUUGAGAGAGGGGUGUCCAGGACAUGCCACAGGGCGCAUGUUCGUCCUGGUCAACCCUGGGGUCAACCAACCACAGCGUUCCCACAUCACUCCCCAGCCAGACUGUUACAUUACAACAACCACAUACAGUGCAUUCGGAAAGUAUUCAGACCCCUUGAGUUUUUACACAUUUUGUUACGUUACAGCCCUAUUCUGAAAUAGAUGUAAAAAUGUUUUGCAUCAAUUUACACACAAUAUCCCAUAAUGACAAAACAAAAAUAGGUUUUAAGAAAUACCUUAUUUACAUAAGUAUUCAGACCCUUUGCUAUGAGACUCGAAAUUGAGCUCAGGUGCAUCCUGUUUCCAUUGAUCAUCCUUGAAAUGUUUCUACAACUUGAUUGGAGUCCACCUGUGGUAAAUUCUAUUAAUUGGACAUGAUUUGGAAAGGCACACACCUGUCUAUAUAAGGUCCCACAGUUGACAGUGGAUGUCAGAGCAAAAACCAAGUGAUGAGGUAGAGCUCCGAGACAGAAUUAUAUCAAGGCACAGAUCUGGGGAAGGGUACCAAAUAAUGUCUGCAACAUUGAAGGUUCCCAAGAACACAGUGGUUUGAAGUUGGCUCCUGAGUGGUGCAGUGGUCUAAGGCACUGCAUCGCAGUGCUAUCUGUGCCACUAGAGAUCCUGGUUCGAAUCCAGGCUCUGCCGUAGCCGGCCGCGACUGGGAGACCCAUGGGGCGGCGUACAAUUGGCCCAGGGUAGGGGAGGGAAUGGCCGGCAGGGAUGUAGCUCAGUUGGUAGAGCAUGGCAUUUGCAACGCCAGGGUUGUGGGUUCGAUUUCCACGGGGGGCCAGUAUGAAAAAAUAAUAAAAAUAAAAAUGUAUUCACUAACUGUAAGUCGCUCUGGAUAAGAGCGUCUGCUAAAUGACUAAAAUGUAAAUGUAAGUUUGGAACCACCAAGACUCUUCCUAGAGCUGGCCGCCCGGCCAAACUGAGCAAUCGGGAGAGAAGGGACUUGGUCAGGGAGGUGACCAAAGAACCAAUGGUCACUCUGACAGAGCUUCAGAGUUCCUCUGUGGUGAUGGGAGAACCUUCCAGAAGGACAACCACCUCUGCAGCACUCCACCAAUCAGGCCUUUAUGGUAGAGUGGCCAGACGGAAGCCACUCCUCAGCAAAAGGCACAUGACAGCCCGCUUGGAGUUUUCCAAAAGGCACCUAAAGGACUCUCAGACCAUGAGAAACAAGAUUCUCUGGUCUGAAGAAACCAAGAUUGAACUCUUUGGCCUGAAUGCCAAGCAUCACGUCUGGAGGAAACCUGACACCACCCCUACGGUGAAGCAUGGUGGUGGCAGCAUCAUGCUGUGGGGAUGUUUUUCAGCGGCAGGGACUGAGAGACUAGUCAGGAUCGAGGGAAUGAUGAACGGAGCAAUGUACAGAGAGAUCCUUGAUGAAAACCUGCUCCAGAGCGCUCAGGACCUCAGACUAGGGCAAAGGUUCACCUUCCAACAGGACAACGAGAGCACACAGCCAAGACAAUGCAGGAGUGGCUUCGGGACAAGUCUCUGAAUGUCCUUUAGUGGCCCAGCCAGAGCCCGACCUUGAACCCGAUCGAACAUCUCUGGAGAGACCUGAAAAUAGCUGUGCAGCGACGCUCCCCAUUCAACCUGACAGAGCUUGAGAGGAUCUGCAGAGAAGAAUGGGAGAAACUCCCCAAAUACAGGUGUGCUAAGCUUCUAGCGUCAUACCCAAGAAGACUCGAUGCUGUAAUCGCUGCCAAAGGUGCUUCAACAAAGUACUGAGUAAAGGGUCUGAAUACUUAUGUAAAUGUGAUAUUUCAAUUUUUUUUAAAUAUAAAUUUGCAAACAUUUUAUAAAACCUGUCUUUGCUUUGUCAUUAUGUGGUAUUGUGUGGAGAUUGAUGAGGGAAAAAAAACAAUUUAAUCUAUUUUAGAAUAAGGCUGAAAUGUAACAAAAUGUGGAAAAAGUCAAGGGGUCUGAAUACUUUCCGAAUGCACUGUAGUUCUCUGAGAACGCACUGGGCGGCUGACUGUGGCUGUGUCCCAAAUUGCACCCUAUUCCCUAUAUAGUGUACUACUUUUGACGAGGCUCUUGUCAAAAGUAGUGCACUAUAUAGGGAAUAGGGUGCCAUGUGGGACAUAGCCAUAGUUCUCUGAGGACUUGCUGGCCGGCUGACUGGGUCACUGGGAUAAACAAAAGAGCAGUGCCAAAAAAAACAUACACCAGUCUAGAUUCAUUGGGACAGUAGUGUGCACUGUAACUAAAGACUUCUGUCUACCGAAUUGUCCGAAAAUGGCGGGUUUCAUGACUAAAUGGUUUCUUUCUGGAGUUAAAAAUAUAUACAAUGCAGCGCAGCCUCAAUUGCAGAUAUAAAGAAUACCCCCCCCCCCCCCUCCAUAUUCAGACAGCUAUAAAUGCAUAGGGUCUUGGCAUUAACAUCGGACUAACUUUUAACAUCUUAUAAUGAUGUGUUUUCAGAGUAAGGCUUUCUCAAAGUCUGCUCGGAAAGUGAAACAGCAGAAGUGGUACGAACACAGGAAGAUGAAAGUGUUGCUGAUUGCCGUAGGGGUCGUCAUAGCAGCCAUCAUCAUUGGGAUUAUUGCAUGGUUAGCGUCUGGCUCUGAUGACAGAGAGCAACCUGCUGCAGGGCAACCCACCUCAGGGCCUUAGGAUCCUAGACUGUCUGUCAGAGCAAAGGACAUGGAAGAAAUGAAGAUGGAGGAUGGAGACAUGGGCAGGCGAGACCUCAGAGGAAAUAAGGAGUCAAUCAGACAGAAAUAGUGGAUGUAGAUAAAGAAAGAGGUUUUCUAGCACUCUGUUUGUGCUUUUGUCAAAUACAUUGCUGUCAUUGUCAAGCCAAACAUUUGGCAUGAUAAUGAGUGACAAGGUGUUGGCAUGAUGAU